AUGGAGGAGAGUUCUACUCUGGUAACACUUAAGGUCGCCGUGGGUCGGAAUCGCCCCAAUGGCAACAGGACCCAGGAGAACUGUCCCUCAGGCCAGGGUCCAGGAGUAAAGACGCCCAGCACUCAGUUCAACAGGCCCCAGCACCCGCCCACUCCGGGACCGAAGGAUCCGCCGCGCGACGCGGGGACUCCCGGGUCUGUAGGCGGGGCCCUGCCCAGGACGGGGCGGUGUCAAAACCCCAGUUUAAAAACUAGCGGGGCCAAGACUCAAGAUCGGGGACCCGGCGGCGGCUCCGCGGGGGAACAGCGAGGCUGGCGCAGCGCCGAGGCCGGGGCCCUGGGGCCCCGCAAUCCGCGCCACGGAACCCCCGAGGUAAUAGAUGGGAGGGAAGUGAGCCGUAAUGAGCGCAGCCACUGCCCAUCGCAGACUGUGAAGAAACUCCUGGAAGAGCAGCGGCGCCGCCAGCAGCAUCCUGAUGCUGGUGGGGCAUCGGAACAGUUCCUGGCUCCCCUGGUGCAACCCCUGACUCCAUCUGCGAAUGAGAGUGAGGCUGGCCACAGUCACUUCGUAGGGCAGCAGGAGCCUGUAAGUUCGGGAUUCAGUGGCCUGGUGCCCCCCACAGGCUUUCCAGAUUGGGACCCCAACACGCAUGCUGCCUACACGGACAGCACCUACUCUUACCCUCCUGCUGCUGCUGCUGCUGCUGAAAGCUUCCAGCCUUCCAACUUCUACCCACCCUCGGACCCAGGCCAGCUGUGCCCGUUUCCUCAGGGCAUGGAGGCAGAACCUUGGAGAGUUUCUGGACUUCUCUCAGGAACCCCACACUUGCCUCAUGUGGUCCAGGGACCAUCCCUGGAUGCAGCUCGUGCUCACAUGCAUGCCUUGGGGCCACAGCAGCUGCUGACCCAGGAUGAGGAGGGGGACACGCUCCUGCACCUGUUUGCGGCUCGGGGCCUGCGCUGGGCAGCAUACGCUGCCGCUGAGAUGCUCCAGGCAUGCAGACAGCUGGACAUUCGUGAGCACAAGGGCAAGACACCGCUGCUUGUGGCUGCUGCCGCCAACCAGCCCCUGAUUGUGGAGGACCUGCUGAACCUGGGUGCUGAGCCCAACGUCACUGACCAUCGGGGACGUUCUGUCUUGCAUGUGGCUGCCACCUACGGGCUCCCGGGAGUCCUCUCGGCUGUGUUUAACUCAGGAGUCCGAGUUAACUUGGAAGCCAGAGACUUCGAGGGCCUCACCCCCCUCCACACAGCCAUUCUGUCCCUCAACGUUGCCAUGUGCCCACCCGACCUGUGUCCCCGGGUGCUGAGUGCCCAGGCCCGAGACAGGCUGACUUGUGUCCAGAUGUUGCUACACAUGGGUGCUGAUCACACCAGCCAGGAGAUCAAAAGCAACAAGACUGUUCUGCACUUGGCUGUACAGGCUGCCAACCCUGUCUUGGUUCAGCUGCUGCUGGAGUUGCCACAGGGAGACCUGCGGGCCUUUGUCAACAUGAAGGCCCAUGGGAACACAGCCCUCCACAUGGCAGCUGCCCUGCCCCCUGGACCUUCCCAGGAUGCUAUCGUGCGGCGCUUGCUGGCGGCUGGAGCAGACCCAACGUUGCGCAACCUGGAGAAUGAGCAGCCCGUUCACCUGCUGCGGCCAGGGCCAGGCCCUGAGGGGCUCCGGCAGCUGUUGAAGAGGAGCCGUGUGGCACCCCCAGCCUUGUCCUCUUAGGACUCGAACCCAGACCUGGACUGAUUUUCCAGUCCCCUCCGUCCUGUGGGACAGCCAGAGUAUGCUAAUUGCAAAUCCAUGAUAAUGUAUAUGGAAUGUCCUGCCAUCCAGGGUCUUACAUUAAAACCCCAGAAUGGCUGC